CAGCGUGCGUUGCCAACAAAAUCAAAGCAACAACAAACGGCGCCAAAAUAGCGUAAGAAAACAAGGAAAAGUGCGAAAAAAAAAACCAAUUCGCCAAGAAACACGGAACAAAACACACGCACGGCCACCAUGAGCAUGGACGAGUCCAUUUGCGCGUACUUCGUAAACAACCUGAAGCCGGGUGGCAGUGACCAGGAUGCGGACAUCCUCGAACAAUUCGAGGCGGCGCUGGAACUUGUUGGCGAGCACCUGGCGGAAACGCAAGUCCGGCAAAUAAAGCCCAGCGAGGGCUAUCCCCUGAUAGCAGCUGGCAAUCUGACCAAAAAGGAUGUCUUUGUGUUGGCCCAAUUCGACGGAGACUUCUUCGAUCAAUUGAAGCAGACGAAGGCCCUGAUUUUGGGGCCACCCUGCUUGAUAACUUGCCUGCGCCACGACGAACCCAUUCCCCAGGGCAGCAGUGCCAUCUACACCACGGCCAUGCGGGAUCUGCAGAUCUCGGCCACGGGAAUAACGCCCCAAAAGAAGGAGGAACUGAGCAGGCUCAUCAACUGGAUGGGCGGCGUCUACUUCCAGAGUUUCGGCCAUCGCACCACACACCUCAUCUCGAACACCAUCAAGUCGAGCAAAUACGAACAGGCAACGCUAAACGGAGUGCCCGUGAUGCACGUCGACUGGGUGCAGUACGUCUGGGAUCAGAGUCGCCGCAGCCAGCGCGAAGGUAUCAGAGCCACGGAUCCCGACUUCGACAAGUACCGCCUGCCCACGUUCUUCGGGGCGAACAUCACCUGCAGCGGUCUGGAUGUGGCGCGCAAGGAUCAGGUGAUGCGUCUGGUCAACGAGAAUGGCGGCAUCUAUCAUCGCGCCUUUCGCUCCCAAGUGGUGGACAUUGUCAUCACGGAGCAGUCGAAAACGGACACGGAAAAGUACAAGGCGGCCGUACGCUACAAGAAGGAUGUCCUGCUGCCGGAGUGGAUCUUCGAUAGCUCGAAUCGCGGCUAUGCUCUGCCCACCAAGGACUAUGAAGUGCGUCCAGGCAAGAAGGCCUCCACGCCCACGAAGCACAACCGAUCGACGGCGAGUGCAAGCUCCGAUCAAAAUCAAACGCAGCUCUCGGAUCUCUCGAGGAUUAGCUUCGUAUCCGGUUCGCGGCGCAUGGGCAGCGAUCUGACCACCGUGAACGAAACGCUCGGCAGCCUGGGUAGCAAUUCGCCCGCCAAGGAGCUGCUCAAACAGGCCACCAGCAGUGGCCGGAACUAUCAGCAGGUGCUGGCCGAGAUUUGUCCGCGGCAGGCCAAGAAGGCGGGCUCCUUUCUCGACGGCUGUUGUGUCUACUUAAGUGGCUUUCGCUCCGAGGAGCGGGAGAAACUCAACAGGGUGCUGAACACCGGAGGAGCCACUCGCUACGAUGAAGCCAAUGAGGGGAUCUCCCACAUCAUUGUGGGUCAACUGGAUGACGCCGAGUAUAGGCAAUGGCAGCGCGAUGGCCUCAUGAGUUCGGUUCAUGUGGUGCGCCUGGAUUGGCUGCUGGAGAGCAUACGCGCUGGACGCGUGGUCAGUGAGCUGGUGCAUCGAGUGUCGCUGCCACAGAACCGAGAACCUGAUGUCGCCUCGCCGGCCAGCAAGCGAACACUGCGCUCGAUGAACCACAGCUUCAAGCAGCCCACGUUGCCCAUCAAGAAGAAGCUCUUCGACCAGGAACCGGAGCAGGUGCGUCAGCAGGAACAGGAGGAGCCGGAUCACCACCUGCUGGAUCAGUACUCGCAGGAUCAAGGAGCAGUGGCGCAACUGCCGCCGGCGGAUAUGAGUCUCCUCCAUCCAGCGGCGAGUUCCACGCAAAUGGAGAUACGCCAACGGAACUCCAUAGCCACUCCAAACCCCCCGGCAGCUCUACCAAUUCCCGAUAUGAGUGCCAGCACGCUGUCCAUUGAUUUCGAGAAGCUGGACUACUUUUCGGGUCUGUCGGUGUAUGUGCACAAGGAUUGCUUCAACGAGGAGUUCUACAAUCAUCUCCUGGCCGAAUGCGAAACAGCCCAGGGCUUGCUGGUCCCCUCCAGCUUCGCGGAUGAGGUGGACUUUGCCAUCGUCAGCUUUGAGGUGGCCUUCGAUGCAGAGGAGCUGCCAUUGAAGGCGCGCCAUGUGGUCACCGAACUGUUCCUCGAGAGCUGCAUGAAGAAGAACACGUUGCUGCCGUUGGAGUACUACCACAAACCCGUGCCCGUUGCUGCACUGCUUCAGCCGCUCAGGGGCAUGACCAUUGUGGUGUCCAUCUAUGCGGGAUUGGAGCGGGACUUCAUCAAUGCGGUGGCCGAGUUGCUGGGCGCCUCUGUAAACAAGACCUUCAUCAAGAAGGAGAAACCGCUGCUGGUCUGUCCCAGUGCCGAGGGCUCCAAGUACGAGGGUGCCAUCAAAUGGCAGUAUCCGGUGGUCACAUCCGAGUGGCUGGUGCAGUGCGCCCGCACGGGCCAGAAGCUGCCCUACGUGGGCCAUUUGGUGGGCAAGAGUCCCGAGGACUUCCCCACAUCGCCUCGUUUGAGGGAGAGUAACAGCCGAACGCCAAGGCGACAGGAGGAGGCGACAUUGGUGGCGCCACCGGAGGUGUCCUUCAGAGGGGAGGAGGCGGAGAACCAACCGGAGGCAAGUGGCAUGCCAAUUGCUCCUGCCACACCAGUGGCAGCAGCUCCGGAAUUAACGCCACUGCGAAAUAGAAGGGUUUCCGAAUUGGCUGGGAUUCCAGGAGGCAGUGUUCGUCAUCGGAGCGGCAGCUCCACAUCCUCACCAGACUCACCUUGCACUCCGCUGAGCCAGGUGGGUGCACAGCGCUAUAACUUUGACUUCCUGGAGCAGUUCGUCGAGCGUUUGGACACCCAGGAAGGCAAGGAUUGCGUGCGCCAGAUAAUCCGCGAGAUGCGCGAGAACCAAACACCCGAGUUGGAACGCAUUCGGCGGCAGGCUUGUACUCCAGUCAGUCGCAAGAAUCCCCGUCCAGUGCCUGGUAUUCCCGAUUUUUGCCUCACUCCGGAGUUCCAGCAGCGGAUGGCCGACGACUUCGAGCGGCGCUGGCGCCUGCCAACCCAGAAAAUCAAACCGGACACUCCGUUGGCCGUCAUCAGGAAGAGAGUGAUGCGGAUCACCUGCGAAACGCUGGGCAUUGAGUAUGAUGAUGAAGUUGAGCCGCAGGAAAGACAGGAGCCACCAAGCACGCAGAAGAAGAAGCCGCCGACGAGAACUCAAGCCACUAAACUCGACUUUGGGAGGUCACCCAAAACACCCAAGUUGUCGGUGGGCAAGAAGACGCCUCUGCGGCUUUCCACGGGCUCACCGCGCACCGGAACACAAUCACCUUUUGUCCCGAGCACACAAAGUCCAGGAGCAGAGGCAACUGGAUCCGCCGCAGCAGCAGAAGAGGCAUCCACUUCCCGACGAUCGGGAGGAUCGGGAGGAGCACUUGUUGGCGACGAGGGUCAGAGCACCAUAAACUUCGAUAAGAUCAGCUUCGAGGAGUCGUCGGUGCCCGUGGUGGCGCCAGAUGUGAAGCAGAUCACGGAUUACCUAAAGAACUGCGAGUCGCGGCGGAAUAGCUUGAAGCGCAGCCACGAUAGCAACAUGGAGUGCGCCGAGAGCGAGGUGCAGUACGUCCAGCCCUUCGAAUCGGAGGGAUUCGCCCUCAACACCGAGGACAUGGUGGAUUGGCGCGAUCCCGCCGAGUUUCAUGCGGCCAAGCGGCGAUCCUCGGGUGCCUCGCCCAAGAUGCAGUACCGUGGAAUUCCCUGCUUCAGCAUCUCCUGCAGCGACGAUGAGAAGCGAGCGGAGCUAAUCGAGCGGAUCAACCAAUUGGGUGGCAAGCUGUGCGAGAACCUGGUGAACUACGAUCCAUCCUGCACGCAUCUGCUGUGCGAGCGGCCCAAUCGCGGCGAGAAGAUGCUGGCCUGCAUUGCGGGCGGCAAGUGGAUCCUCAAUCUGCAGUACAUCGAGCAGUGCCAUGCGAGGGGUAGCUUCCUGGACGAAUCCCUCUACGAGUGGGGCAAUCCCAGAGCUCUGAACCUGCCCACUUUGGCGCCGGAGGAGGAGCCCAUUGCGGCUGCAGUGCAUCGUUGGCGCACGGAACUGAGUGCCAGCGGUGGUGGUGGCGGUGCCUUCUCCGAUCACCGGGUGAUACUCAGCCUCCAUGAGCGGAGUGGUGCGCCCAUCAAAAAUGUCCUGCGCGCCGGUGGAGCCACCAUCCUGGAGCCGAAUUCACCGUUUUCCAGCGAUCCCGUGGCCUCCACGGCCACCCAUUGUUUUGUGGACGUGAAGAAGACGCCGCUUUCUCCGCGGGACCUGGCCCAUCUGAAGCAGUGUGGUGUGAGGGUGCUCAGCCAGAUUGCAAUCAAUGCUUAUUUGAUGAACGGCAGGGACGCCGAUCUGGAAAAAUACGAGCUCAAUUAAAGGGAUCGUAUUCUAAAAUCUGAUAAACGAUUUUUUUUUGUUCAAUUGCUUUUUUGUUUCUGUUCUAAAUUUAUAUUUAAGUCUUUAAUUCAAAUCCUCAAAUGGUUCGAAUUUAGAUUAGUUUAAUAUAUUAUUUGUAAUUAUAUUUUCGAGAGUUUAAAUUCCAAAAUGGAUUUCUUUGGUUUUCGUUAAUAAUGUUGUAUAUUUUCUAGGCUGAAAAUUCUACUCAGAAUAUAAGUAAUCACAUUAUAUGUAUAACCAAAUCGUGUUUUGCUCUAAAUGCUAAUUAAAUAUUGUAAGUUUUUCUGGUCAAUUUUCCUAUUUCUUUCAAAGAUCAGUUCAUUUAAAUUUUUUUUGUUAUUUAAUUUCCAUUUUUUGUAUUUAAUAAAUAAAACUAUAAAUCGAAA